AAAAUCUUAACCAAUUUCCCCAAAUCUUUUUUCUCGUCUCUCACAGCCAACCCCCUCCUCCUUCACCGGCGAACCCUCACGACGACUCCCUGAUCCCCACUCUCCGUCGCUCACUCUCUCAGAUUUCUCACGACUCUCCUCAAGCCGGAGCUGCUUACCCAUUGGCGUCGCGCAAGGCAGGUCUGUCGGCGGCCUCAAGUUCUCCGAUCCCUCAAUCUCCUUGCCGGAACAAGAAGCUUCUGAGAUCUGAGUUUAAAGAAGUCUGGUUGAAAGUUGAAGUGUCACAGCGGAAAAAAAAAUGCAAGGCAGUGAUUCAUCAGGCAUAGACCAAAGGUUUCAAGUUCGAAGGCUAGAGCUCUCAGACAAAAAUAAAGGUUUCAUAGAGCUAUUGCAACAGCUAACUGUUUGUGAUUCUGUAACUGACAAGGACUUUGAAGAUAGAUUUCACGAGCUCAGCUCCCUCGGAGAUGAUCAUGUUAUUGCUGUUAUUGAAGAUGAUCAAUCUGGGAUGAUUGUUGCAACUGGGAGCGUGUUCAUUGAAAAGAAGUUCAUAAGGAAUUGUGGCAAAGUUGCGCAUGUUGAAGAUGUAGUUGUUGAUGCUAACACUCGUGGUAUGCAAUUGGGAAAGAAAAUUGUUGGAUUCCUCAAUGAUCAUGCUUGCUCAACGGGGUGUUACAAGGUGAUUCUGGAUUGCAAUGUUGACAAUAGAACAUUUUAUGAAAAAUGUGGCUUCAAGCAAAAAGAAGUUCAGAUGGUGAAGUAUUUCAUCUGAGAAGCAUUUGCCUCCAAGUGAAAAACAUGAUUUUUUGAGUUUUGAGUCUAAUUAAGGAGUGAGUUUUACUCUGAAUAAUAGCUUAUUCAUUGGCUUUUGUUGGUUUAUUUCAUUCAGAUUCUUUGCUUACAGCAUGUAGUUUUGAGUUGAAUUUACAUAAGAGUCAUAAACAACCUUCAGAGACUAGUGAAGCAAUGAAAUCAGACAAUAUGUUUGCCGGGAAGAAUUAAGGUUCAACAGAGCUAACUUGGCAAGAAUAACCUCAUUCUAGUUGUUGUAAUUACUAUGUCUAUAGUUUGUGCAGCAAACAACAUUGUAUCAGGUCUUUCGAUCUAAUUAGCUAUUAAAUUUGUAUUUUAAAUUUCA